UGUUUCAGCAAGUAAUGACCGAACAAAUUAACAUUCACGGCCAAGCUUAAAUUUCUCUAGGGCCAUCUCAUCUCGUCCAUGCAUAGUGGGAGUUGCCAGCUCCACAAAUUUUAACAAGAACGGAUGUUUGUUAUUCGAGCCUAUCUCCUCUCCUCCUCUCUACAUCUUUUCCUUCUAAACACCUUUCACAAUAGUUAACAAAAAAGUUACUUGGUGUGGCCUCGUGUUCAGCUCAAAGAGGAAUGCUCAGCAUGCUCUGCAAACCUAAAUUAAGUUCUUGCACAACCUUGGGCCAUGCAUCCAUGACUAAGAUCAGCACCUCCUUCACAUUCCAACCUCCCACCAAUCCUCUUCUCCUCUGCCUUGUACAUGCCAAUGCGCACCUCCAUGCCAUUGUCAUCUUUGUCAUUGUUUCAGUGACUAUGUGUUGUUUGUUUCCUAGUGCAGACGCUUCGCUGGAAUCCGAUUCCAAAUCCUUAAUGAAACUCAAAGAAUCAUUUGUGGGCGCUGAUGCUCUUCUGAAUUGGAAUGCAUCACAACCACCUUGUGAUGGUGACAAGGCGGCAUGGACAGGGCUCAGGUGUGUAAAUGGUACUGUUACAAUCGUGCAACUUGAAGGACUUGGCCUGAGAGGGUUGGUCGACGUUGACGCGCUUGCUGCCAUCCCAACAUUACGGUCUGUGAGCUUCAUGAACAACAAUCUGUCAGGCGCAAUGCCCAACUUCAGGCAAUUUCGUGCACUAAGAGAUUUUUUGUCAAACAACCAGUUCUCCGGUAACAUACCUGCAGAUCAGUUUGCAGACAUGUGGUUGUUGAAGAAGGUAUGGUUGUCGCAGAACAAGUUUUCUGGGCCAAUCCCAGCAUCCCUUGCAUCCAGCUGUCCACGGCUCAUGGAAUUGAGGUUAGAGCAGAACCAGUUUACCGGGGAAAUACCAGAUUUUGGGAAAACCAAGUUGACAAUGUUUAAUGUGUCUUACAAUGAAUUAGAAGGAAACAUCCCACAGAAUCUAGAAAAUAUGAACGCAAGCUCUUUUGAAGGAAACAAGGCCUUGUGUGGUCCACCAUUAGAAGCAGUAUGUCCCAAAAAGACAUCAAAGAAGAAAGGCCUCAAUCUGAUCAUCAUAAUUGUAGCAUCUGCUAUAGCAAUUGUUAUUCUGGUUGCAACUGUUGGCACCGGCCUUAUGUUAUUUAGAUGCGGGGCUACAACACAACAUGCCCACGAUUCACCAAACAGCUCAAAGAAGGUGACAUCUGUUGAGGAAGGAAAUGGAGGUCAUGGUUCAACAGGAAAACAACGUGGCAAUGGUGGUACCAAUAAUGACAUGAAAGGUAACGAGAUGAGGGAGCUUGUUUUCCUGACGGAUGACAGAGUACCAUUUGAGUUGCAAGAUCUGCUAAAAGCAUCUGCUGAAGUGCUAGGAACUGGGAGCUUUGGGUCCUCAUACAAGGCUAUGCUUCAAGAUGGUUCUACAGUGGUAGUAAAAAGGUAUAGGGAGAUGAAUAACUUGGGAACGGAAGAGUUUCAUGAGUACAUGAAGAAGCUUGGUAGAUUAAGCCACCCAAAUCUGUUGCCAUUAGUGGCUUAUUACUACAGAAGGGAGGAGAAACUGCUCAUCUACGAUUAUGUUCCAAAUGGGAGCCUAGUUUAUCUUCUCCAUGGUAAGCACACUCCAGCUUUUGCACCGCUUGAUUGGCCAACACGUCUGAAGAUAGUCAAGGGUGUGGCUAGGGCCCUGGCUUACCUCUACACAGAGCUACCAACUCUAGUCCUUCCGCACGGUCACCUGAAAUCUUCCAACAUACUCAUAGGUGAAGAUUAUGAACCCCUUCUGACCGACUAUGCGCUGAUGCCAGUAAUCAAUACGCAGCACGCGAUGCAAUUUAUGGUGGCCUAUAAGUCCCCAGACUGUUCAGAUGGUCUUGCAACAAAGAAGUCCGACGUCUGGAGCUUGGGGGUGUUGAUUCUGGAGAUGCUAACAGGAAAGGUUCCCAAAGUAUAUCUCAAAGAGGGAAGGGGAGGCACGGACCUGCCUGUUUGGGUGACUUCAAUGUUGACGGAGGACCGGGCCGUCGAUAUCAUUGAUGAAGAGAUGUGGGGGACUAGAGGAGGGGAAGGUGAAAUACUGAAGCUACUACAGAUUGCGCUGGCAUGUUGUGAGGAGGAUGUUGGGAGGAGAUGGAGCAUGGGAGAAGCACUAGCCAACAUAGAGGAGCUGAAGGAGAGCGGAGGUGAAGAAGAUGACAGAUCAACGUAUGGUACGGAAGGGGAGGGGAGUCAGUCGCACUCAUCUAGAGGACAGAGUGGCGAAGGAUUCUCCAUCUACCCGAUGGAAGAUCAAGUGUAAGGCGUG